GAAAGCGACACACACAUGAGCAUCAAGAGGUCACCACAGCCUCCGCAAAUUGUCUAUGCUGCAGUCCCUCAAGAAAUUCUUGUCCCCGACAAAACGCAAUAUGUCCAACUUGCACCCCAAGAUCUCGAUCUCGAUAUCGACGAGCAGUCCAACGCUCUCAAAAUCUGGCAAUCAACCCUUCACCAUCACUCUCUCAGCGAACUUUACGAACAAUCCACAGACCAUCACAAUCGACACCUUUCAUACUGUUCUCUACCACCGCUCGCUCGCACUCGAUUAUCAAGGUCUUACCUUCAAAGACACGUCGAGCGGGGAAUUGGCAAAACGCAGAGUCAUCGACGUGCAGUACAGGGUACCGGAGAGUUUGACAGAGACCUUGGACAGCGUAGCAGAGAUUCCUCCGCUCAAUGAUGGAUCUGAGGCGUAUAUCGUGCGACAUACAUUCCAGACACCAGCUUCUUCUGAAAUUCCUGGACAUGGUGAGGGAGAACAGCCGUGUUCGACGGAUCCGGAGAUGGACGCCAUCGCGAAGGAUCUCAUGAGGGAGAUGACGGAUCAGACCGCCGGCUUGGAAGUGGGAAGGACGUAUGAGAUUGGUCUCGGGAAUGAUAUGAAUCGAGUAUCGUGGUGGAGAGUUGGAAUGAAAGCUGAAGUCUUCGCGCAGGGCUCGGUGAGCAGGAGACCCGAAGGUCCAACGAUCGAGAUGAACUUAGUGAAGACUGCGACUUUUACAGUCGUAGAGUAA